GUUGCGAGUUGCGACCCGUCGAUCAAAACCCGAACCGGAAGCUCCAAAAAGCCUCUUUUUCGUUCUCAAGCCUUGAUAAAAACUGAAAGCCCUUCCAAUCGGUUGGAGGGAUUUGGCGGGAAAAAAUGUCGGGAAAAGGCGCCAAGGGUUUGAUAACCGGCAAAAACUCCUCCGCGUCCGCUGCGGCUAACAAGGACAAAGACAAGGACAAGAAGAAACCUACUUCUCGUUCCUCUCGUGCCGGCCUCCAAUUUCCAGUUGGUCGGAUCCAUCGUUUACUGAAACAGAGGACAACAGCACAUGGGAGAGUGGGUGCAACAGCGGCAGUCUACUCUGCAGCUAUCUUGGAGUAUUUGACUGCUGAAGUGUUGGAGCUUGCUGGCAAUGCAAGUAAGGAUCUUAAGGUGAAACGUAUUACUCCAAGACAUUUGCAGCUGGCAAUUCGAGGUGAUGAAGAACUCGAUACACUGAUCAAAGGAACCAUUGCUGGUGGAGGUGUGAUUCCGCACAUCCACAAGUCACUUAUCAACAAAUCAUCCAAGGACUAGUUUCCAACGGAUGGUGGAUUUCUUUUAGUUGAGAGAAUUCACUUUCAGAAGACUGGCUGACUUAACCCCGUGUCACUUUGCUUGUGCAUCUAAACUGGUCUGCAUGAAUUCUAGCUGCUUCUUAGAUGCUGUAGACGUGGUUACAAUCAUAGGCUAUUAGGAUCGUGUCUUUGUCUUUAUAUUCUGGUGGAUUUGAAUGUGUAAAUAAAGCCAUGUUUCUCAAGUCUGUUAUAUUUGUGCUUUUCUAUAUAUUCCGGUGCCAAGACUGUUUCCUGAU